ACCUAUUUCUUUUGCUUCCGGCUGUCAAUUUGUGCGGUUGAUACACGUGAAUUUUUCGUGAGAAAUUUACGAUUUUUACAAAUAAACAUGGAUAAACCAGUUGUUUGGGCUCGUGUGAUGAAAGUUUUGGGACGUACCGGUUCUCAGGGUCAGUGUACACAAGUGAAAGUAGAAUUCAUUGGUGAACAGAACCGUCAAAUCAUCCGCAACGUCAAGGGACCCGUCCGUGAAGGUGAUAUUCUGACCCUACUCGAAUCUGAACGUGAGGCGAGAAGACUUCGCUAAUCAAACAAAGAUCGUGUUGAAAAUGAGUUGGUUAUUCUCUUCUAACUGAUACGUGCUUGUCAGAUGUAAUUCUAUACGUGGGGUAUUAAUUACAAAGAAGUAAAACAAUGAAUAAACAAAUCGUUUGAGUAGAAAAAA